AUGGUGGCUUUAUUUAAGGCUGCAGAUCUUGAGUUUUGGGGCCCACUCUGUUGUACAUCUCAUUCUAGAGAUCUGGCAGAAGGGGAAGAAGUGGUCUGUGACUCUUCUAAGGAAAGUCAAAAGUUCCCAGAGGAGCAACCAAAAUUAGAACCCAGCAAGAGUGAAUGCAAAACCCACAUCCUUAAGCACAACUCCUGUGGGAGAACACUUGACUGGUCCUCAACACCAGCUGAGACCGUGUGGACUGCAAAUGAGAUUGCUCAACUGUGCUACGAACACUAUGGGAUCAGGCUGCCUAAACAGGGGAAACCAGAGCCAAACCGUGAGUGGACAUUAUUGGCAGCUGUGGUAAAGAUACACUCUCCAGCUGUCCAGGCCUGUGACACUCCUGAUAAGCUAGUGCAAGUGACAAAGGAAGUUGUCUCUAUGGGAACUGGAACAAAAUGCAUAGGCCAGUCCAAAAUGAGGAAGAGCGGAGACGUCCUUAAUGAUAGCCAUGCUGAAGUCAUAGCCAAGAGAAGUUUCCAAAGGUACCUUCUCCAUCAGCUACAAUUGGCAGCCACCCUGAAAGAGGAUAGUAUCUUUGUCCCAGGAACACAAAGAGGAAUGUGGAAACUCAGACCAGACCUCCUCUUUGUGUUUUUCUCCAGCCAUACACCCUGUGGGGAUGCCUCCAUCAUUCCAAUGCUUGAGUUUGAAGAUCAGCCUUGCUGUAUUGUCAGCAGAGAUUGGGCCAUCAACCCAUCAGUAGAAGCCAGUGGUAACUUGGAAACUCCUGAAAAUAACAAGAAUUACGAAGACCCUGACAGUCCUAUAACCAAAAGGAUGAGGCUUGAGCUUGGAACUCCUACCAGGGAGGUUGCCAACGGUGCAGCUCACCAUCAGAGUUUUGACAAGCAGGAAAGUGGUCAAAUCCUACCAGGUGUUAGCAGCUUGAACCUCACUGUAGAGGGACUGGCCUCUCUCACCACAAUAGCCAUCAAUGGUGCCAAAGCAGUGGACGUUCACAGAACUGGAGCCAAGUGUGUGCCUGGAGAAGCUGGAGACUCAGGGAAGCCUGGUGCUGCAUAUCACCAGGUGGAGCUGCUCCAAUUGAAGCCAGAUUGGGGAGACAGGACUCACUCCAUGUCCUGCAGUGAUAAGCUAGCCCGAUGGAAUGUCCUUGGAUGCCAAGGGGCACUGUUGAUGCACUUCCUGGAAGAGUCCAUCUAUCUGACAGCUGUAGUCAUUGGGAAGUGUCCAUACAGCCAGGAAGCCAUGCAGAGAGCACUGAUGGAGAGGUGA